UCAUGCUGCUGCCAGGUCCAGAGUGUGUCAUGGGUCCCUGUACGGCCUCCCAUUGCUGCUGUCUCCAUCGCCACACUCUGCCAGUGCCACUUUCAGGUCUCCUCACACUGCUGGUGGGUUCCAUUUUGUCAUAGGGUGCUGGCAGAUUACGGGCCUCCCAUUGCUGCUGCCAGGCCCGUAAUCUGCCAUGGGCCCCGUACCGACUCCUCAUGCUGCUGCCAGGUCCAGAGUGUGUCAUGGGUCCCUGUACGGCCUCCCAUUGCUGCUGUCUCCAUCGCCACACUCUGCCAUGUGCCACUUUCAGGUCUCCUCACACUGCUGGUGGGUUCCAUUUUGUCA